AUGGACGCCUGGCAGUCAGCCCAGAGCUGGAUCGGUUUCUCCGGCGUCGUCGGGGCACUGGCUGCCUAUUACUACUACUCACAGCAGCACAAAGCUCCUCGGCGAGGCAGCAUUGCUGGACUUCCCGGCAAACGUCUCGAACAGGAGACUCGCAACAAGAAAGUCGAACGCGACACACAGCCUGCGAAGCAUGGCGGUGCCAAAGAUGCGUCAAAGAAGCGCAAGGCACCCAAGAAGGUACCAGCUCCUGUUCAGGAGACACCAGCAGUGGUAAUACAGUCACCAGAGCGCGAUGACAAGGAGGAAAUGAGCAACAGGCAGUUUGCUGAGCAGAUGGCCAAGGCUAGGAAGGGUGCCAAUCUGUCUGCGCCGAAGGGAAAGGAACAGCGCCAACGCACCGUCAAGCAGGGCAGUGCUCAAGACACACCUGUCACGUCCUCGACCUCUUCACAGGACGAGGCUGAUGCUGACGAUGAUUCGUUGCCGUCCGAUACUCCUGCCAACAACGCAGGUGAUGUGUCCGACAUGCUCGAGCCGGUCGCUAAGGGCCCGUCCACCCUACGACUGACUGCCUCGAACCAACCCGAGAAGCAGCGUGCAGUCCGCCAGCAAAAGCAGGAGGAAGUAGAGACCAAGAAGCAACGCCAGAACAGGCAGAAGAAGGAGCAACAAAGGGUCGAGCGUGAAGCUGAGGAGAAAGACCGCAAGGUGCUGGAGGAAAAGCAGCGCCGUGCCGCUCGUGAAGCUCGUGGUGAGCCUGCGAAGAAUGGCCUGGGUGCUUCCAAAGCACCUACCUCGAGUGCGUGGACUCCGUCUAAGUCAGCUCAACAGAAUGGCGAGACUGUCAACGGUAACGGGCAUGCUAAUGGUCCUCUCCUCGACACUUUCGACGCAGAGUCAACUGCAAGCUCCACUGGUGGAAUGGAAGCCAGCACAGCUGCCACUAGCACAACUGACGCCGAGCCGACUGAGCGUGAAUUUCCAAGCGGCAAGCUGUCGGAAGAUCAGCAAAUGGCUAUCGCCAUGAAGCAGAGCGAGGACGAAUCUGGCUGGACUACUGUUGCGCUUCCCCAGAAGAAGAAGGGCAAGAAGGCUAGUGGCGAGAGCACGCCUGUGGAGAGUUCUGCUCCUGCGGUCAAGCCAGUGCAGAAGACUGUCCCGAAGAGUGCUGCAAACGGCAAGCCUGCAGGUGGCUUUGCCGCUCUGAGCUUUGAGGGUGACAACGAGGAGUCUGCGUCUUGGGAUCCGUGA